AAGGUUGUCACUGCAAUGGUAUAGUAAAGGAGCAGGGGGUCUUACCGUCUAGCUGUUGGUACUCCGCAUCUUCACGAAGAGUUCAAUUUCACUGAGUCCAUGUUGUAAACAGCAGGACAGUCGUUCCCCUCUGUGAAUACCGUAGUCUUACGAGAGGCCACGUCAUUAGUUCAUGAAUCUGAACAUUCUCCGCUACAUUCAAGGCUGCAGCUAUUAAAGACGAAGUGAUUCAAGUGCUUCCUUAAAUAUCCACAUCUAUGGAUGUAAUCCAAGCUAUUGGGUCUCUUCGGGCUUGACAACUCACCCACGUGGAGUUAUCUGUUGCUUAAUUCGUGAGUAGCCAGCAAGGUACAACACAAGGAACUCCGUUCCCGUCGUUGAGAUUGCGCAAAUUGGGACCCAUUGGAGCUUAUUCGUGCUUUACUGGGGUAAUGUCAAUCUUCUCAUAGCUGAAGGAGAAGAUCACCAUGACAACAGUCGAUAUUGGGAACGGACGGAAUGGCUCGACUGAAGGAAAGCCGCUGGUGCACAAGGUGGAGAUGCCACCGAAAAGAAGUUUCCUGAAGGAAGUUGGGAGCGGAGUGCGGGAGACGUUCUUCCAUGAUCCUCCUAUUCAAGGGUUCAAGGGCCUAAGUCGAGGUCAACAGGUCCUUCAGAGUCUCAAAUUUUUAUUCCCCAUUUUGGACUGGCUGUCCACUUACUCGCUCAAAAUGUUCUUCAAAGACUUUCUGGCUGGGCUUACCAUUGCGAGCCUUGCCGUUCCUCAGGAUCUUGGAUACGCGUCGCUUACAGGGAUCCCGCCUGUAUAUGGGUUGUAUUCAAGUUUUGUACCUCCCCUGGUUUAUGCCGUGCUUGGAACAUCGCGUAACAUAGCUAUUGGCCCAGUAGCUGUGGUGUCACUCUUGCUGGGAGAAUUGCUGAAACAAGAGCUGAGCCCGACCGAGGAUGCCGCAGAGUAUCUGCAGCUUGCCUUUACUGCCACAUUCUUUGCUGGCAUUUUUCAGGCAGGCUUGGGCAUCCUCCGAUUGGGGUUCAUCACCGAGUUUUUGUCGCAUGCGACCAUUAUAGGAUUUAUGGGUGGUGCAGCUAUCACGAUUGCCUUGCAGCAGCUGAAAGGUCUGUUCAACUUGUUUCAGCAUUUCACCAGACACUCCGACUUCGUCUCUGUCAUGAGAUCAGUAUUUGGUCAUAUAGAUGAGUGGAACUGGCGGACGAUCGUCAUGGGCCUCUUAUUUAUUGCGUUCUUAUUCAGUGCAAAAAUCCUGGCCAAGAAAAAACCGAAACUCUUCUGGAUAGCUGCAAUUGCUCCUCUGACAUCCGUGGUAGUUGCAACUGCAGCAGUUUACCUCACAAGAGCGGAUAAACACGGUGUUCAUAUAGUGGGUCACGUGAAAAAGGGACUGAAUCCCUCCUCAUUUCACCGAAUAUUUUUCUCCGGAAAAUUCACGGCACGGGCGAUAAAAAUCGGCUUGGUAUGUGGUCUCGUAGCACUCACAGAGGGCCUUGCAAUUGGACGCACAUUUGCGACCUUGCGUGAUUACCGCGUGGACGGCAACAAGGAAAUGAUAUCAUUUGGUUUUAUGAACAUUUGCGGCUCAUUCUCCUCUUGCUAUGUUACAACUGGAUCCUUUUCAAGAUCAUCUAUAAACUACGCUGCCGGUGCCCUCACACCCAUGGCGAACAUAGUGAUGGCCAGCGUAGUGGCGAUCACUCUGACUGCGCUCACUCCACUCGUCUAUUAUACUCCAAACUGUAUUCUUGCUUCUGUGAUCAUUACAGCUGUCCUUUCGGUGGUUGAUGUGAACGCAGCGUGGCUUAUUUGGAAAAUUGACAAAGGCGAUUUCCUUGCUUGCAUGGGGGCCUUUUUUGGUACUUUAUUCGUCUCCGUUGAGAUCGGUCUCCUUGUCGCUGUAUGCAUUUCCUUCGUCAAGAUUCUGUUCCAUGUAACAAGGCCGCAUACGGCCAUCCUAGGCAACAUCCCAGGAACCACCGUUUACCGAAAUGUAGCGCAAUACCUCCAAGCCACUCAGGUGCCAGGGAUCCUUGCCGUCCGUAUUGAUGGCCCCGUUUACUUCUCCAACGCGUCAUAUAUACAUGAUAAAGUUUUGGCAUACCUUGAAGCUGAAAAGCUAAGAGUCGAAAAAAUCAAUGGCCCCAAAGUUCGCUACCUCGUCAUCGAUCUGACUCCCGUCACAAACAUAGAUAGCAGCGGCGUCCAGGCAUUUGAGAUGAUAGAGAAGGCGGUGAAAAGGCAACAAAUACAGUUGACAAUCGCGAAUCCGGGAACAUCUAUCAUGAGGAAGCUUGAUGCCUCGAACUUCAUUUCACGAUUGGGGAGUGAAUGGAUGUUCGUGACGGUUGGAGAGGCUGUCCAAGUCUGUACCAUACUUCUGAACUUGCAAGAAGCUUAGAACUCGACAGAGGCCUUCUGAGAUCCCACAAAUCAAAAUGAAAACCGAACGGAAUGUGUCAGCUGCCUCCACCUAAAGGCUUUGCGCAAAAUUUUUCAGACUGAAGCUUAAGUCACUACAGCUAUUUAUAAGACACGGCACAUACAUGACUGAGGUCGAUCAUCUUCAACGCUGCAAGCGAGCGUGUUGGAAUUCAUGUUUAUUGAGUAGGAGACUCGAAAUUAUAUUGGCUUCAGUGCCAUCUGUAUCAUAAAGUAGUGUACAAGGCGUUCGUCCCAAAUGAAAGGUUACAAAUAUUGACGUCA